AAGAAUCAUCCGGUAUAUUUCGAACCCUCCACUGGCAGACACAAAUCUAGCUUGACACUACAACUCUUUCAGGGGUUAGGUUUAAAGUUCAAAGUGUCAACCAGAAAAAAAAUUUCAUCACAUUUUCCAACUCAUUCGGAAGAACAUCACACACUGGCCACUUACUUGUUCCGAAAUGAUAACAGAUAGCAACAAACAAUAACUUUUCACAGUAAAAUCCAACCGGGUAGAAACGCGCACAAUUUCCCUGCCACUGUUGUGAGUUGGACGAAAUGCGAUGAUAAAGAAAAAACCGCAGAAACAAACUUUUUCCGCUCUUGUGUUGGUGGUGGUGUCGUUGACUAAUAAACGAUAAGUUUGGCUUUUCGCUUAGCGCAUAUCAAAUCAAUUUUUAUAACCGAGCAUAGCGUAAAGCGAUGCUUUCGCUGUCGCGACUUCUGAUGCGGUAAAAUUGUUUAAAAAAGUGUGAUUUUGAAACAGAUGGACAGCUCACAACGUUUGAUCGCGCUGGUUUCCGCCCGAAGGGCCCUGUGGGAUAAAAAAAUUAGCCAGUACAACAACAGGACGCUGGUCAACAGAUAUUGGCGAGAGGUUGCGAACGAAUUUGGCAACAAUACGAUUGUUGAAAUAAAGCGGAAAUGGAAGUAUCUCCGAGACACAUUCCUGAAGGAAAUGAAAAAAAUACCGAAGGAAAAGUUACGCGAACCCGACUGUGCGUCCUACAGCUCUUGGCCGUACUUCGAAGCGAUGCUGUUUUUGAGAAAUAUGGUCAGACCACGUAAACAACUGUUGAUCAAAGGUAACCCCGACGAGGAGGAAGAUGAAGACUAUCAGACGAGUACAGUGCAGUUUGAUGAGAAUCCGAUAGAGCUGGUAGAAAUGCCAUUUACGAUUAAAACGGAAGACUCAGUUGUGAAUGAACAACCAGCUAGUAGCAGCAAAACGGCUGUCGAAGCGCCCCCUAGAUCGGUUCUCAGUGACGAUGAGGAUGAACUGUUUUUCAGAAGCUUGCUACCACACGUCCGCAAGAUGGAACCGGAGGAUAAGCUGUUGUUUCGGACGGAAGUACAAAAUCUCGUCCUGCAGCACGUCUAUCGGAGGGACGAUCCGAUCUAAUUUGUGGUGAAACUGAUUUGCGAUACUGUACCUAAUAAUGAUUUAAGAAAUUAUACUCUAA